GCCUGCCUGAAGGAGCGUUUGCGCAGCCCACGGAGCUGUGUUGCUUUCGCGUGACGGUUCCGAGGUUCUUCUCAAUUGAUGGGAGCGAGUCAUGAUGCCCGGGGAGACCCCGCCCGCGGCCUCCCUCGCGGGGGAGGCGGCCACGGCCUGCGCCAGCUGCGGCGCCCUCCAGCAGAAUUUAAAUGAAUAUGUAGCUGCCUUAAUUGCUUUAAAGCAAAAGAUAAUAGAUACAGACCAUUUGCUAACAGAAUACCAACAAAAGUGCAAUGAGCUUGAUGCUGCUAAAAGGGAAAACAAUACUCUUCAUAACCAAGUGGAACAAAUGUUCCAGAAAAUAUCACCUCUAGAGAAAUGUGAAGAAGAGUUGGGCUCUGUAAAAGCAGAACUGGAAGAGAAAAAGAGUUCACUCAAGAUUUACCAGGAGACUCAUCUAGAAUAUGUUCGGCUGAAAGAAGAAAUGGACAAAAGUGACAUUACGAGGAGGAAACUAGAUACCAAAGUGAAGAAGCUUGAAGAGGCUGCAGCAAAACACAUCCAGGAAUUCAAGCAGUUGAAAACAGAGAAGAAAGUUCUUGCGAAGCAACUGAAAAAAGCACAGGAAAAGAUCAGUGGCUUUGCUGGUGCAACCAGAAAGAAACGCAAGACAGUGCUAAAGAAUGCAGAGACCCAGAGUGAAGAAGAGAAUCUAGUUGCAAGCAUAGACAAAGAAAAAAUCAAGCUGCUGUUGGAGGAACUCUGGAUGUGUAUCAGUGGCUCCACAGGAAAAGAUCAAAUCAGUGAAAAUGAUUGCAUCCUAGGUGGUUUGCGUAGUAAUUCAAGAACCCUUGGAAAAACAAAAAUGAUGCCGAAUCCCCCAAAAAUGAAGAAACCUCAAGGAGAAAUGAAAUCUGAUGGUUCUUUCUCUGAACCCUGUGCAGUGGAAAUGACUUUGUCUUCAUUGCAUAUAAAAUCGGAUACAAAGACUACUAAGUACAGUGAGUCAGUACAAAUCAAGCCCAUGGAAACUACAGAAGUUUGCAACAGCACUUUUUGUGAAGACAGAUUGCUAGAAGACAUUUCUCAGACAGAUUUAUCAACAGCUAACAUGAAUCUUCUCAGCAAUAACUCAGAAGAACACGAUGAAAGUCUACGAGAUGUUUUGAAGUGGGCUAGGCCCCUUCCUCCUCUACUAUCUCCCAUACAGGUUUCACCUUCCACUACUCCAGAUAUCUUAUUUGGAGACAUAACAGAUUCCAGUGAUGAUGAAAUGGAUGACAAUGCACAGAUACUUGAAAAUAUCAUUGAAAACUAUGGACAGGAUGGACUAAUACCUGAAAGCAGGCAUGAAAAACAUUCUGCACAAUCCUGGAGCACACACAGUUCUUUCAGCAUCAACAGUGCAAAUAGCGAUCCUCAAGAAUCACCGAAAAGAUUGAGCAAUAUAAGAAGUGAAGAAUUAAUAUUGUGUUCCGACCCUUUGAAAGCAAAAGCAAAAUACCUUAAUGAGAAAGAUGCCAAAUCCAAGGAUGAAGAGAAGUAUUCUGACUUGAUGGAAGUACACACAGCCACUGAAAUAGCAGUGCAAAAAAUGUCUGUGAACAGCACUGUGCAUACAUUUGUAGAAUCUAGUGACUCCAUGGACAAUGAAAAGAAGGGGUUGCUAACUGCAACAAUAGAAGAUUUUAGGCCUCAGUCUCCCAAAAUAAGUGAUCAGCAUAACAUAAAAGAGUCCAUUUUUGUUGUUGAAAGCAUAUCAGGAAUUCCAGAAAAAUGUAAGAUUGAUGUGAGUAAAGGAGCAAUGUCAGAAGUCUUUAAGGACACCCAGCCAAUAUCUAAUUCAGUAGAAGUGAGAUCUUUUGGUGAAAGGACCACUGAAUGUUUAGCAGUGGGUGAGCAAAAUACAGCAACUGAAGGACUUGGCAUAUGCAGAAGUAGUGAGCUCUUAUUGGAACAGAAGAGGGAUAUCAGCAACUGUAAGUUCCUUUCUGAAACAGAGCAUCCUAUUGAGCAAGAGAUUGCUGCUGUACCAUUUAUGCAUUCAGUUGAAAAAAAGGUUGAUGUUUCAAUUAAAUCACAAUGCCUGGAAGAAAACUGCAGUAAAGAAAAACACUACAAACAAAAUGAAACUCAGGAGAACACGGAACAUGAAGUGAUGCACGUAGGUUUUUCAAGUUCCCAUUUAAAUACUACAGAGAUAGCUGAAGGGUCCAAAAAAUCAUUAUUUCUAAUAGAUGAAGCAGUCAAGACUGAGGGUGAAUGCAGGAUUACCUUUUCUGUUUCUACUAAAAAAGAUGAUAAUCAGGUGGAAAUAGCUAAUAGCAUGGUUGAGGAAUGCAAAUCAAUGGACAUUAAAAAGGAAGACUGUCUCCAGUUACAUCAGUUAAUUGACCAAAAAUAUAAUUGUAAAACAUCAAAAGAGCAACCAGAUUAUAAAAGUAACUGUAUAUUACCAGUUCAAGCACCUAUUAUCAAAGAUUGUUUGUUGCCGUGUAAAGAUCCUGUUGCAACCAAUACUCUAGUCUUUCAAAUAGAGAGUGUCCCUAAAAGUACUUCAAAACAGGGUCAAUUUGAGGGCGGAGAUACAGACUCUCAAUGGAAGUCCAAAAUGCGAAGUGUUUCAAAUGACCUUCCCACUGUGAAGGCUUCAAUGGAGGGUGACCAUCUGGCAUCAAAAGGGCUUGAGAAGGAAGAUGGCGAAUCACUAAAUACCAUAGAAAUGGAGACAAUGCAGUCUGUUAUGGCACAGGGGAAUGCUUUUGAAAUUGCGUCUAACAGAAUAGUGGAGACCAGUUUAAUAUCUGGAAAUCAGCAAUAUGAGAUAAACAACACCUCUCACGAAAUGUCAAAUUGGAAUAGCAAGAGCACUUUGUGUCAUCAAAAUGAUGAAAAAAAUGAUGUGUGUUCUAUAACAAAGGAGAUGUUAUUGAAGCAGAACAAGAAUCAAGAUCCAGCUCAGUCUAUGCAAGAUGCGCCACAGACUAACAAUGAAGAUAUUGAAACAGUUUUGCCUGCCACAGUGAUGGCUGAUUCUCAGUCUGCUGCUGAGCACACGGAUGUCAGUUCUUCCAAUCUGGAGGUUUUCAUCAGGGAUGGCCCAAGCUCUAAUGCUGCUACAAACGCACUGUCUUCUUCCCCUGUGAGCAUUAACCCUUCCACUCCUGUCAGACAAGACACUACUCAUUUUGAUCAGAAUAUUGCAGAAUGUUGGAAGAAUGAAGAGGAAUAUGCUGCUGCUUCUGAGGAAAAGGAACAUGAGUCCCUCGAUUGUUGCAGCCCUUCUAACAAUAAAGAUGAAGAGUCUCUCAGUAAACCACAGGCACUGAUUACUUUGAAAGGCUCUUGCAGUAGAGAAAACUACAAAGCACUAACUCCUGGGACUUCUAAUCUAAAUAGCUUUCACACAAGAGAUGUGCUUCUAGCAAACAAAUCAGUUCUAAGUGAUGAGAAACCUCUUAUUCCUGAUAAAAAGUUGAUGGAAGCAUCAGAAAACACUGCUUUAGAACAUACGCAAGAUGAUACUACAGAUAAAGAAACAGAUAAAAUGUUGAGUCAUAAAAGUUCUGAAGGAGUGGGCACAAUUAAGGUGUCAGAACAUAUUGUUAUGGUUAUGAAUUCAUCUGUUUCAGUUGCAUCAUCAGCAGAGAAAUAUUUCCCUUUGAGAAAGGUGCAGUUCAGAAGAACAUCCACAGUGCCUCUGGCGAAAAUAGAGACUGUCAGAAAUAGCCAGGCAGGUACAGCCUCUAAUACGAUUCUUUCGGUGGAUGGUCAACAUGAAGUUGCACCUCAAAAAGAGAAUCAGGUUCCAGGAGAUGGCACUGAUUCUUGUGCUAAUGAAGCAGUGCAAAGGACAUGGGACCAUUCGUAUUCAGUGGGAAUGCUGUGCAGUAAUGAAAAUGCCCCAUUAAAACUGAAAGCCACAAUCUCAAAAGAGAAGUCAGAAGGGAGGCUAGAAGAAGAAAGUAUUUCAAUAAUUACUCCAUUGCAGAGCCAAAGGAUAAUCACUAACAGAAAAACUGACCCCGGGAAGCCAUCUGUUAGUGAUUUAGAGAUUAAAAGUAAUAUAAUUACAUCAGAUAACAAAUGCAGUGAUACUAGUUUGGAAACUUCCAUAACUCAGUUACAUUUUAGUAAAGGAAAGUCAAAUGCUGAGCAAUGUAGCACAAACUUGGAGCAAAACCAUUUAACAUCCCACCAUGUUGAUGACAGUAGUAAUAUAUCCCAUAACAAAGAAUGCCACGUACAGAAUAAUGGAAAAACCUCUGUUCUGAAGAAUGGAGCAGAGCAGAUACAUAUACCAUCAGACGCUAUCAAUGUUGCUGAAGUUAAAGGUGAUGAUAACAGGCUCUUUCAGAAGAAGAGGAAAAGCCGGCACUCCCUAACUGAAACCAUUGUACCCAGUGCAGAUACUUCAACACCUACAAGGCAUUAUCCAAAAACUCUAACAAAAAUCAUGCAAGAAAUGGGCCCACCAUUACCUCCAUUGCUAGGCCCUCUGAUGGCUACGCCGCCAAGAACUGUUCGGCCCCUUUCCCCAAGAAUUCCAUUGUCUCGCCAGUCCUCCUUGACAUCCUCAUUGGAUGGACUUACUUCUCCUUCACAUCAGACUCCAAUUCCUGCAGUUCAAUUAUCGCCAGUGUCAGAUACCCUGAAGUGCAACUCUCCUGCCCCACUGACCACGCCAUCUCCAUGUGAAAUGCCAGUAGGUCAGAGGAUUCUGUCUUCUCCUCUUCAGUUUUGUGCCACCACCCCCAAACAUGCCCUUCCUGUGCCAGGCCGGUUUCCACCAUCUGCAGCUGGUGUUGCUGCUCCACCUGUGCUUCAGGAGAACUCAGUGAAAAUUUUGGACAGUAUGUAUCCAGAGCUAUCUGCUAGAGCACGAACUCUCAGCAUUCUGAAAGGUAUUCAGCUUAGUAAGUCAUCUUCUGUAGAUGGCAAGAAUAUCCCACAGCCUAUCAAUCAAAUCAGUGGGUUUAAAGCAAUUUCUUCCACAUCCACUGCUUUUGUUAAAGCAGGGACUAAAUUCACAUCUGACCCAGAACAGCCAUUCUGCAAAAUAGGUGAGACUUUUAAACGUACACUGUCACCUGCAGUUGUGCCAAAGGAUGCCAAAAGGCUAAAACUGGAUAACAAGUCAUCAAAUUUGGAGCUUGAGAAAAAACAGCUUUCAGAUAGAGUUUCAGAUGCUAAUGCUGGGUGUCAUACCAAUAAAACUGACUAUUCAGGCUGUGGAGAUGGUAUUCAGUCAACUGGUGGCUGUGAUUCAGAAUUUAUUUUGGCAGUGGAGAAAAUAAAUGAAACUGAUAGUAGGUCUGUGACUAUAGCAUUGGAGAAAAUUUCUGAAGCCUGUUUUGACCUGCUGCCUGUUAUUCGUAGCCAUGUUUUUGUGGGCAAUACCUCGAGGGUUCCAGUUAUGAGAGAUGAAGAGAAAGAAGUUGUCCAUGAGCUUUGUGUCACAAAGAAGAAAUUAGCUGAGCCAGCAUUGCAGGCUAUCUUAAAUAAGCUAAAGCAUGAAAAGAUGUCCUUGAACCACAAUUGUAUGCAGGCCCUCUGCAGGGUGUAUGUUGGGAUUUGCCGACAGCUGGGAGAUCUUGAAAGAGCACGCCUGUUUUGCUACAGCCUUCUUAAGGAAGGUUUUCCCAAAUCUGAUAGGCUUAUUUUGUUUAUUGCAAACGUGUGGACAGAUGUAUUCUCCUCUGAAGGAGUAAUCAGCAAAGCAAUCCAGUCAGUAGCCAGACAGCGUGCAAGAGGGAACGUGCGCAAAUGCUUGAGUUUCUAUCUGAACUGGGAAGAGAGUGCACCAGUGGAUAUUGGUGUGAUGGUCUCCAGCUUGCUUUUGGCAAUACAGUUAUGCCCACAAAUGGAAUUUCAGUUUAGUGAAGAAUAUGGAGAGGACCUGAAAGAGAGUACAUGGGAAUAUGUGUUUGCUAUCGUUCUGCUGUGUUCACAUCAAAAGUGGCGUUGGACCCAUGACAAUAUCAUCAGCAAAGAACUCUGGCCUAUCAUGGACAAGUGGAUAAAGAAUAGAAAGGGCACUGGGAGUGCUUCCUCUCCUUCUGACAUAAUUGUAGCCACAGUAUUCAGGCUCAUUGGUCAUCUUGGCCAAAUAGGUUUGAAAGAAGGUUUUUAUUCUGCUGUGGAAAAUAUCAGUUCUGUUAUUGGAGUCUUUCUUCAGCAUUCCAAAGAAAAAGAUGUGGCUUGGGGUGUCCAGUUGGCGGCAGCAUAUGCACUCUGUGACCUCGGUCCUAGUAAUCCAUCUAAAAUCCUGGAGGCCAUAUGCACCUGGGAAGCUAUGAACACCAACAGCCUUCCCGCCGCUGUUGCAAAUGCCGUCGCAGAACUCCGCCGCCUGUCAAUGAGCGCAGGGAGAACAGAGGAAUCUCAUCAACGUAACACAACCACAUGAGAAGAAGGCAAAGCAGUGCCUUCUGAAAGAAAGGAGUUUGAAACAGAAAUGUCACAAAAAGAAGCAGGACGAACUUCUCUUCCGAAAGGGCAGCAUGGAGCAUUGGUUCGAGUAGAAUUAUCAUGAAAUCAGCUUUGUUCAAUGUCGUCUGGAAGCCUUUGUAUUGCAGCCGAAACAAUCAGCAUUUGAGUUGCAGCUGUUUUUGCUCUAAGAGACAAUACAUUGUCUCAGUGAUCAAGUGCUGGCUCUAAAUCAGAAAAAAUGUUCUCCUUUAUGCAGAUAGAAGUGUCUACUUGAAACUGGUAUUCUAGGAUGUGGAUGUCUAGUUCCUGAUAUUUUUAGUCUUCUUACUUUUGCCAAAUGCUUUCAAACUCAGUUUCCACUGCAAACAAAUUUGAAGUGUACCAUUUUAACAACGUUCCUUUGCCUGACUAUCCAUUAACAACUGAAACAUACUAAUUUAUUUCGGAGAGCUAAAGACUGCUCAUGGUGUAUACUCGGAUCCCUCACUAAGUAGGUUUUAUAGGCUUAUGAUUUUUUUCAGAAUUUUAUAAACCUUUUUAACAGAGACAGAAGCAGGGCCAAAGAAAUACAUGCUUACUAUGGAAAAUGAUUCUGGUCUGAAACAUCUUUCAGCUUUUUUAAAGAUUAGCAUGACUCAUGUGUCAUGAUGGAAAAUACAAAAUCAUUUCAAUUGCAUCCUAUUGAUUUCAGUCAUUUAAUGGAAGAAUAAUCUGAUUACUAUCAGAUCUCUUUCCUACAUUUUGGUGGGGUGGGAGAUAUGGGGCAACUGGGGACAUAUCUGUGGUCCCUCAAGCCCCCGUGUUUGUAUUUUUUUUUAAUAAACAAAGUAUCUUUUUUCAAUAACCAGAAGUGAUCUUCUGAUCAUUCCUAUAGCAUGUGUCUUGAGGGUGGAAGACACCAAAGCUGGAUCUACAGUAUAAGGAAGAUUUGAGAAGCUUUCUCUGUGAGAAUGUUUGUAUACAAUAAUAUUUGUAUAAUGUGUUUCACAUUUAAUGUUGUUCCACUUGGGGAAUUUAAUUAUUUGUAUAUAGAAAUUGGUGUAAAAAGAGAAAAAAAAUAUUUUGCAUUGUUUUAAAAUCCCAAUGUAGCUUCACUUAUUUCAAAAUUUUGUACACACAUUUAUAUAUAUAUAUAUAUAUAUAUAUAUAUAUAUAUAUAUAUAUGUUUUUUAUUAUAAAUACUGUAUUUAAUAGCUGUAUAUUUCAUCAGCUAGCUGAUGCUAAUGCCGCACAGUCAAAUGUUAUUAAAAUUAUUUCUGAGAUUA